CCCUCAUUCUUACAAACUCACUGCAACAUUCCUCUUUCUCUUUCCCUACACCGUCUUUGAAUCAUGGGAAAGUUUGCCCUAGCUAAUGUCCUACUGUUCCUUCUCUUUAACCUGACAACCUUCCUCAAUGUUCUUGCUUGUCCUUAUUGCCCUUACCCCUCUCCUAAGCCCCCAAAACACACUCCCAUAGUGAAACACCCAAAACCAUGUCCACCACCCCACUCAUCUCCCAAACCUCCACAUGUGAAUCCACCCCAUGUUCCAAAACCCCCUCAUUACCCUAAGCCACCACUGCAUCCACACCCACCCUAUGUCCCAAAACCUCACCCUAGACCGCCAGUUCAUCCACGUCCACAUCCCCCUCAUGUUCCACUACCCCCAGUUGCAAAGCCACCCCCAUAUGCCCCCAAACCACCGGUUGUCACACCACCCUACAUCCCUAACCCACCGGUUGUUCCGGUUAUUCCUCCUUACAUCCCAAAACCUCCGGUUGUCCCCGUUAUACCUCCUUACAUUCCUAAACCACCAGUUGUGCCCGUUACACCACCUUAUGUGCCAAAACCACCCAUUGUGAACCCUCCGGUGGUUCCUUUGCCACCACUUCAACCAACUCCACCCUCCGUGACACCACCAAGCCCUCCAAGUGAAACACCAUGUCCACCACCACCACCAUCACCGACACCAGUGGUGCCGUACCCUCCACCAGCACAACCAACAUGCCCUAUUGACUCUCUGAAACUGGGAGCGUGUGUGGAUGUGCUCGGUGGCCUCAUCCACAUAGGUAUUGGAAGUAGUGCUAAACAGACAUGUUGUCCAGUUCUUGCAGGGCUUGUUGACUUGGAUGCUGCAGUUUGUCUCUGCACAACCAUUAGGGCCAAGAUCCUUAACAUCAACAUCAUAAUCCCCAUUGCUCUUCAGCUUCUCAUUGACUGUGGCAAGACCCCACCAGAUGGAUUCAAGUGUGCAGAUAGUUAGUUAAUAUAUAUUUAUCAAGUUUCUUUUGCCUAAUGUUCCCAGGAAUUGCAUAACUAGUGCAUGAAUAAGUGAAGCAAAGUCGAGAAGAUGCAGUGAAGAAAUCGUUUCUCUUUAAUGAAGUUGUAUACAAAGACAAUUUAACUAGGAGGGAAAUUGGUUUACUUGUUGAGCCUAGAUAAUUUUGUGAUGUUCCAUGUUUACAGAGCCAUGCAUCAUUGGCAUGGCAGCAUCAACUUUUAAAAUGUCUGUGGUUUUCUUUCUCUGUUUGUUGUCUUGCAGGUGUGGUUCUGUGUGCAUGUCAGCUUCUGUAAGUUCACCCGUGAGUGAGUGAGUACGUUGGGAAAUGUACAAGUUAAAAGUUCCAAGUUAAUGAGUUUUAAUAAUUCUCUU